GAAUUACUCCUUGAAUCUCCGUUAUAUGUGUAUUGAGCCACGCUCGCAGUUGUAUUUGUAAUUUACGCUGCAAUCGCAGGCCACGUUGUCCAAGUUGCAUCUACAAAUUACAGUCCUUCGUGCUGCACUCGACAUUUCGUGACAGUUGCGUUUCUUCUUGUCAGGACACUGAGACGAGCGCAAGGACCCUGAGAUGGCUGCGAAAACGGACGACACGGCGUCCAUCGACAAUCCAAACGACGGGGAGAGUCUGGACAAGGAGAUCCUGACGAUCGGCGGAAACGAUGGCAGGAUCCCGCCGGCGUAUCUGUACACCGCGGGAUCGGAGCAGAGCACGGGGACCCUGGACCAGGAGCAGACCGCGCGGAACCGCGCUCCGGCCACGGAGGGUCAACUAGGCCCGCUACCACCCAACUGGGAGAAGGCGUACACGGACACGGGAGAAGUCUAUUUCAUAGACCACAAUACCGGCACGUCUCACUGGCUGGACCCGCGUCUGUCGAAAUUUCAAAAGAGAUCGCUGGAGGAGUGCCUCGACGACGAGCUGCCCUACGGCUGGGAGAAGAUCGACGACACCCUGUACGGCACGUAUUUCAUCGACCACGUGAAUCGCAGGACCCAGUACGAGAACCCGGUGCUGCAGGCGAAGAGGGCGCAGCAGGGCAUGCUCGAGCGCAAGAGUCCCAACUUCACCAGAAAUCCCGACAAGCUGAAGGGCCAGAGGAUACGGACCACCCUGAUAAAGAGCUCGCGGGGCCUGGGAUUCACCAUUGUCGGCGGUGACGACACCGUGGAAGAAUUCCUCCAAAUUAAGAGCGUCGUGCCGAACGGUCCGGCGUGGCUGGACGGGAAGCUGCAAACCGGGGACGUGCUGGUGUACGUUAACGACACCUGCGUGCUAGGAUUCACGCACAACGAGAUGGUGAAUGUGUUCAAGUCAAUUGGGAGCGGCGAGACGGUAACUUUGGAAGUGUGCCGGGGUUACCCGCUGCCCUUCGAUCCCAACGAUCCCAAUACGGAAGUUGUGACGACGAUCGCCGUCAACGCGCCAGAAGAUCCCGCGAUGUACAUGGACUUGAAUUCGUCCCUCCAAGACAACGGGCGUUUCAACUUUCUCGACUCGACGUUCCUGCCGGUGCACAGCCUCCAGAACGGCGAGAAUCUCGCCACGACGUCCGUCAAUUCGAUGCCCGAUCUCUGUAUCUCGGACAAGAUCAACACAAUAAAGAGACCGAGCAGCACGGACAUUCUGCUGUCGGAGAGCAGCGACCUGAACGAUUGCAAGGACCCGUCGGUGUCUUCCAAGCCGGAGUUUCUCAGCAUCGCCAUCGUGAAAGGCGCCAUGGGAUUUGGAUUUACGAUAGCGGACUCCGCCCACGGCCAGAAGGUGAAGAAGAUCCUUGACCGUCAGCGUUGUAAAAACUUAAUGGAGGGCGACAUUCUGGUCAACAUAAACGACAUCAACGUGAGGAACAUGUGCCACUCGGAGGUGGUCCAAGUACUGAAGGACUGCCCGCGUAGCGAGGAGGCGUUGAUACACGUUCAACGAACGACGACCAAGUCGAAGGAGAAGAAGGAGAAGAGCGCGCAGGACUUCUUCAGAAGCAAAACGCCCACCGCGGACAUCUACAGCACCCAGUCGAAGACGGUGAUACCCAGCAGGCCGAAGACACCGUUGAUCGACACCAGGAAUCGCCCCAAGUCGCCGAUCAGCGCGAGCAGGCCGAACUGGAGCGAAGUGCAGGGCGAGAACGAGCUGAAUCCGCUGGAUAACCACUACAAGUACUCGGACUACUCGCACGGGAUGUACUAUUCGGAUCCGUACAAGGCGAACAUCACGGCCAACCUGGACAGUUUCGCGGUGAUGAACCUCGACGACGAUGCCAUCAGGAACGUCGCGAAGCGCGACUGGGUGGCGAACGACAAGUUGAAUAUGAGUAACGACGUGUAUUCCAUCGACAUCUCUCAUCACAACAAUAUGCUCAAGCAGAACGGGUACUUGCACUCCGACUACUACAAGGACGUCUAUCCAGUCCAGUCGCAUUCCCAGUACAAUGAGGAUUACAACAUGUAUUCCAUCGGGCAGGAGCAGAACGUUGACACCGGCGAGAUCUGGGAUAAGCGGAAAGAGACUACCAGUUUCGAGCACGAACAGCCACAUUCCAGUUCCAUAUCUCGAUAUCCUCAAUACACCAACGAAUUGGUCUGCCCGAUGGUGCCCGAUAUAGAAUGGAUAGAAACUUUAGUGACCUUAGCCAGACAAGACACUGGAUUUGGAUUUAGAAUAGUCGGCGGCACGGAGGAAGGAUCUCAGCAGGUUUCGGUCGGCCACAUCGUUCCAGGCGGAGCGGCCGAUCUUGACAAUAGACUCAGUACCGGCGACCUGAUCAUGUCUGUCGACGGCGAGAGCGUCAUGAAUUCUUCUCACCAUCACGUGGUGCAACUAAUGAUAGCGGCAGCGCAAAACGGCCGAGUGACUCUGGGAAUACGACGUCGGAUCAACACGCAGGAGCAUCUUCAAGAGAACCUUCAGUCGCCCUACGGCCGACAGAUGAAUCUUCAAUAUCCGUACGACGUCACUGUCACCCGAAUGGAAAGCGAGGGAUUCGGUUUCGUGAUAAUCUCGUCGGUCAACAAAGCCGGCUCCACGAUCGGCAGAAUAAUCGAGGGCUCGCCCGCUGAAAGGUGCAGGAGGUUGAACGUCGGAGACCAUAUUCUCGCUGUCAAUCAUAUAGACAUCACGAACGUUUGCCACAAGGAUAUCGUCAAUUUGAUUAAAGAUUCCGGCUAUUCCGUCACACUGACGAUCGGUUAUCCGGUGGACGAUUGCUGCAGCAAUACAUCUCUUUCUCAAAAGGACGAGCCCACGGGAGACGGAGAUGGCGGCCAGUACCACGCUGUAGAGUUAACUCGGGGCACCCGAGGUUUUGGCUUCAGCAUACGCGGCGGCCGUGAAUUUCAAAACAUGCCGUUAUUCGUCCUGCAAAUUGCGGAGAACGGUCCGGCGUCUAUCGACAACCGGCUUAGAAUUGGCGAUCAGAUAAUCGAGAUAAAUGGUUUUAACACGAAAAAUAUGACGCAUACAGAAGCGAUUGAGAUUAUACGUAACGGUGGACCAUCCGUUCGUCUGUUAGUACGACGUGGCUGCCAGAUGCCUUCAGUGAGUAAUCUCACAAUCGACCAAAUAAGUAUUCGACCGAACCACGAGGGCACCCCGUGCAGGCAUUUAUCGAAAUUACCCGAGAGGGGUGUGCCCCGCAAAAAGCGUCAAAAAGUUCGAUUUUCCAUUUCAUUGAACUGCUGCUCAUCCAAAAACAGUUAUUUGUAGCGAGCGCUUUCGGCGUGACGCCUUCUCACGCAUCUCGGACGACACGAGAUAAGCUAAAAUAUUUCCUAGGAUCGAGAGAAUUUAUUCUUUUACGGAGAGACAGAGCGACUUUUCACUUAUGCAUUUAUGAGAUGCGUUUUAAGCACAGACUUCUCGGUUCUUUUCUUUUUUUCCUCUUCCUCUUUUUAAGGGAAGCGAACUGUUCGAUUUGUACAAAUGCGAAUAGUGUAAAUCACAAAGGACUCAGCACAUGUGGAAGUACGUAUGUAGGAAAUAGCGCGAUAUAAAAUGCGUCAGAAGCGUUAACGUUACGGACACUAUCUCUAUGCUGACGCAAGCGGCAUCGAUACACAUAAAGAAUCUCAGAAUUCGAUAUCUUAUAUCAUGUUAGAGAUGACACAGACAGCUGUAUGCCACCAUACGCUGUAAGGUGAUACUGUAGACUGGUGAUUAUAAUAAUGUAAAUUUAUUGUUCGUCUGCUCUUCUCAAUAACGUUUCAAAGUGUAGACUUAAAAAAUUUAGGCUCUCCUAUCAUGUAUUAUAUAGACACCACUUUGUGAAUCUGUUUUUAGAUAGUGACAUAAUUGUGGCCUUGACGAUAAAGUGUUACGCCUUUUGAUAAAAAGCACGUAAAAGAGAUCUCGCAGCGAGAGGAAGGUAGUAAUUGUUCAAUUGUUCUCGCAGCGCGGCGACUCUACUCGUUUUCGGACUAUGAUAAAAAUUUCAACGUUCUGUCGAUGUCUUGUCUCCCCUUUUUUCCUAAGUAUUUAUUACCAGUUAUAUGAAUUGUAUAUGUAUGUCAGUAAUUAUGUAUAAAAUUAAGGACUCUUGCAACCAAAGAAGCGAACGUACUUAUCAGCCAUUUUAUUCGGAGAUUGAGCGGUGGAAGAUCGAUAUGAUAGAAUUUAUUAUUGUAAUAAUUAAUCAGUCUCUUUUUCGCGCGGCGGUUAUUCUCGCGCCCGCGAUUAAUCCACGUUGUUUCUACCGUGUGAUGAUGCGUACGGAAAUUAAGACGAAUUCGGCACAAGUUUUUCUUCACUCUUCCUGUCUUUUUUCGAUAUUUAUAAAAGUUACAUGUUCGAAAGAGUAAUGUACUCGCAUAUAUAUUUUUUUACUUGUAAAAUAGUGAGAGAUGGCAGAUGUUGUUCGGCACGAUGUAUUAAUGAGACAAAUGAUAAGAGAGAAGAUGAGCUAGAUUGUAUUUUUAGAUCUCAGGAUUGAUGUGUAAGAAAGAAGGAUUGUAACAUACAUACAUAUAUAUGUGUAUAUACACAUUGUAAUACAUAUACAUAUAUAUGUAUAAAUGUUUUACACUUAUUACAUGUGUAAUGCUUGACGAAACAAUUCGUGUAAGCGACAAGCGGCAGCAAACGCAUUUAAUCGGAUCACACAGUAUCCAUUUUAUAAUCAUCGCGUUUAUUUUUUAUAAUUAUAUAUAUAUAUAUUUGUAUAUUGUAUAGGAUAUUGGCGUAAGUUUAGUGUAAAUGUACAUAGUUGUUUUUUCGAAGACUAAAGGAUAAUGUUGGUAAUUUAUAAGGCUACCGUAAGAAGCAAUAAUGCGUCAGUCGUUGUCUCGUCGAGAGCCACACGUCGAGAAUACCGAGUCUUUACUACUCGUUCUGCCUUUUCUCUUGCCAAAGCUCCAGUUACAUCGCAAUUGUUGUUUUUCUUUUUAACGCGACAAUGUCCCGAGGCAAUUGUGGCGGAUGAUUUAGAGUCUAGUGGAAAAACAGAAAUACCGGAACGUUGCGUCGUUUCCGCGUACGUUACAUCCCGAGUAGUAAAGACCAGCACCGAUCAUUACAUUUUUACUCACGCACGCACGGAAAAGUAUUUCGAUUGAUAUACACCCAGUUUUACUGAAUAUCAAACGGUUAUUUUGUACAAGCUUCGUAUAUUUAUUGUACUUCAGAUAUGAACCGAACUCUGUACAUGCCCGUUAUGUCUUAAAUAAUCGUCGUUGAAUAAUCCGAGGUAAAAGAAGAAGAAACCGAUAUUGUUGCUAAGGAUAUAAUAUACUACCGAUAUAUAUUGUUGUUGAGAUAUACUGAGAUAAUACAUACUGCAUUGAAGAAAC